AUGCUGAGUGGUGAUGUGCAGAUUGAGUCAAACAAGAAAGAAGGCUCUACAUUCACUGUCACACUCCCAUCGAGUCAGGCACUUUAUGAGGCUCCAGAAGAGGCAUCAGAGAGCUCAAAUUUGCAGGCUGGUACUGCUGAGCUACACCAGCUUGACAUGAGCCUCUUUACACCGACGCGCUGGAGAUCAGGAGACUCUUUACGAGACCAGCGCUGUACUGAUUUAUUGUUGGGCUCCCUUGCGAAGAGUCUAAGCCGGUGGUUCCACAUUCGGGUCAUUCCUUGGGAAAGUGCAAGCAGAGCCUCGCCGUGGCGCUUGCUUGUUGUUUUGGAGGAGGACGAAGACAGUGCACUGCGGGCUUGCGGUGGCGCAUCUGACGACUACGAGCGCAUCCGUCUCUGCCCUGAUGUACAGACCGCUCCCAGUCAGUACUCAACGCCUUUGAAGGGUGUCGCGACAAUUGCGGGUGCGGUGACUAGUUCAAAAAUCCAGGAUGCGCUGGCGCACUUGUAUCCUAGCCAAGUCCCCCCCUCUGAGCUUCGCCACAACUCCGACCAGGAAUCAGUCGCGAAAAUCUAUGAUCAGCAACAGCCAGUAGAAGGGAGCCGCAGCCAAUUACGCGGAGACGCAACCGACGAAUGUCGUGCUGCGCCAACAGCAUUGCUGUCCCGGUUAGAACUCGAGAGGAGCCCCCAAUUAGACGGCGAGGAAAGCGGUGGGCAGCCACUGGCAAUGCCAGCCGCCAGCCCAGCGGUCACUCCAGAGAUGAACAUGGCAGCAAGGUCUAAUGGAGCCCAACCCGACCACCGAGACGUACAAGCGCAUACUGAGCAAGCAAAAGAGACGGCAGUCUGUACAUCACCAGAGGCAGCUGUGGCAGAGCCUAGGCUGCUGCUGGUAGACGAUAACGCUGUAAACCUCAAGGUACUUGCCAUGUAUGCAAAAAAGUGUAGCAAGGCAGGUGCAACACCUGUCGGCGGUGGCCAAGAGGCCAUCGAUGCCUUCAAGAACGCCAACGGGUCCAGCGACGACACGGCUCCGCAACCUUUCGAUCUCAUUUUCCUCGACCUCUCUAUGCCCGAGGUCUCGGGCUUCGAGGUUGCGAGGGAGAUACGGAAGACGGAAGCGCGGUCAGGGUGUAAGAGGACGUACAUAUGCGCACUCACCGGGCUGGUGAGCGAAAAAGACCGCAAUGCUGCGUAUGCUUCGGGUGUAGAUAACUACCUUGUUCGACCAACGAGGCUGCAGGACUUGCAGGGCGUCAUUGAGAUGUGGCGGGAUAAAUCAAGCGAGAAAUGA